GUUGGCUAUUGAAGACAUGUGUGAAGGCAAUCAAACUGAAGUAACUGAGUUUUUGCUUCUUGGAUUUCAAGGCCUCUAUAAAUUUAAAAUUAUUUUCUUUAUUUUGUUCCUUUUGUCAUAUAUGAUGAUAUUGAGUGGGAACCUUCUUAUUACUGUUUUAAUAUCAACUAAGGAACAUCUGAAAAUCCCAAUGUUCUAUUUCCUCAAACACUUGGCAAUAGCUGACCUCAUGAUAACCACCACUAUAUCCCCAAUGUUGUUAGAUAUUACAUUAAAGAAUGAAAUUACAAUAUCCAUCAGUGUUUGCAUCUUCCAGAUGUAUUGCUUCGCUAUUUUUGGAUUUGUACAAUGUUUUCUUAUUGUAUUUAUAUCUUAUGAUCGAUAUCUAGCCAUAUGUAACCCAAUGCGUUAUAAUUCUAUCAUGAAGCCCCAUAUUUGUCUUAAUAUGGUUGUCGGGUCUUAUUUGCUGGUCUUCUUUUUGUCAAGUGAAAUGAUUUUGGUGUGUCAACUACAUUUCUGUGGUGAUAAUAAAGUUGAUCACUUCUUCUGCGAUUCAGGCCCAUUGAUAGAGCUGUCUACAUCGGACACCUCUAUUUUACUAUUAGUUGAUCUUUCUGUGUCAAUUUUAGGUCUUUUUGUUCCAUUUUCCUUUAUUAUAGUUACAUACGUCUUAAUUGUCAUCACUAUAGUAAACAUUUCUUCAGCCAGUGGAAGAUGGAAAGCCUUUUCCACGUGUAGCUCGCACCUGGCCACUGUAUGCUCAUAUUACGGAACUUUGAUGGCUGUGUACAUGGCACCACCAGAUUCAAACUCAUCUAAUGCAAACAAAUUUAGAUCCUUUCUGUACAUUGUGGUUACUCCAAUGGUAAAUCCAAUCAUCUAUAGUCUGAGGAACCAUGAAAUUAGAAAAACUCUUCAAAGAAUGUUUAGAAAUAUUAAAAUGCUGUAGGUACAUUGACACUGUAUUUCAAUAGUUCUUGUUCAUAAAAAUGCCAAAUUGUAUGUUCCGUAUAAAUCUGUUGUUGGGUGAUUUCUUUCUAUUUUACUUAUUCAG